AUGUAUGCUCGAUCUGGACGGCCGAUUUUUGAGCCUCACGCCCCCCUAUGGAGGAGACUAAGAUCCAUGACGAACGUAUUGGCUCUUUUUUUUCUUCCUUUUUUUUUCCCUGAAGCCUUCUUUUCUUCUUCUUUUCCCACCGUCACGAUGGGCUCCAUUACCGCACCCCAUCACAGCGACCCACGAGUGCUGUGGAGCUUUCGAUUUAGACGGAGCAUGGCGGAAUGGGCGUUGAGAAAGGUCUCUCUUGCCUAG